CGUUGGGGCUAUUUAAAGGUGCGCGCCGGAGCCAGCGCCGCACAGUUGCGGGUCGGUCGGGGCGUGUGACGUGCAGCGGCCAUGGCCUGCCAUCUGGAGCUCAACAGCGGCGCCAAGAUGCCCACCCUGGGCCUGGGCACCUGGAAGUCCCCUCCUGGCCAGGUGACUGAGGCCGUGAAGGUUGCCAUUGACUUUGGGUACCGCCACAUUGACUGCGCCCAGGUGUACCAGAAUGAGAAGGAGGUGGGAGUGGCCCUCCAGGAGAAGCUCAAGGAGCAGGUGGUGAAACGCCAGGAGCUCUUCAUCGUCAGCAAGCUGUGGUGCACGUUCCACGACAAGAGCAUGGUGAAAGGAGCCUGCCAGAAGACGCUCAGCGACCUGCAGCUGGACUACCUGGACCUCUACCUUAUUCACUGGCCAACAGGCUUCAAGCCUGGGCCUGAUUAUUUCCCACUGGAUGCAUCAGGAAAUGUGAUUCCCAGUGACACCGAUUUUGUGGACACGUGGACGGCCAUGGAGCAGCUGGUGGAUGAAGGUUUGGUGAGAUCGAUUGGUGUCUCCAACUUCAACCCUCUCCAGAUUGAGAGGAUCUUAAACAAACCUGGCUUAAAAUAUAAGCCUGCAGUUAACCAGAUUGAGUGCCACCCGUACCUAACUCAGGAGAAGCUGAUUGAGUACUGCCACUCCAAAGGCAUCGUGGUGACUGCGUACAGUCCUCUUGGCUCUCCUGACAGGCCCUGGGCCAAGCCAGAAGACCCUUCUCUCCUGGAGGAUCCCCGGAUUAAGGCAAUUGCAUCCAAGUACAAUAAAACUACAGCCCAGGUGCUGAUUCGGUUCCCCAUACAGAGGAACUUGGUGGUGAUCCCCAAGUCUGUGACACCAGCACGAAUUACUGAGAACUUGAAGGUCUUUGACUUCGAGCUGAGCAAGGAGGAUAUGACCACUCUACUGAGCUACAACAGGAACUGGAGGGUGUGUGCCUUGAUGAGCUGUGCUAAACACAAGGAUUACCCCUUCCAUGCGGAAGUCUGAAGCUGUGGAUGCCUGCUGUACCCCAAGUGACUCGCGCCUGUUCUUCUUGCUUCAUCUGUCCUGAGAGGUGUCGUGUGGCCUGUGUCCCUCCGCAAUGGUGGAGCCUUGCCCAUCAGACCACGGGGGUCUCUGGAGAGCAGUGUCAGUAGCUGAGGGAUCUUCUUCAGCCUUUCUUGGCCUUUCUUCUUACCCACCUGGGGAACAUUUAACACAGUACCUUUCCAACCAAAGAGAAGCAAGAUUUGUAGUUCAAGUAGUGCCACUAACGGUUAAGUUUUUAGUGCUUAGAACUGUAGUCCUUUGGGUCACACUUCCCUUUGCCUCAAAUAAAAAUUGCUUUUGUGAA